AUGUCGGAAGCGGCGAAUCCUUCGGCCGUCGAGGGCGCGGUGACGCUUGAGAUGAUAAACGAGCUGCAGAAGCAGGUAUUGGAUAACAAUCCGAUCUACAAGUAUCUUCUCUCCGAUUUGACCAUCACGUCCGUCUCACCCGGCUUCAUCGAAGCCCAAGUGCCCAUCACCUCCACCCUCAUGAACAGCAAGAACAUCCUGCACGGCUCCACCUCGGCCACCAUCAUCGACUGGAUCGGCGGCAUCGUCAUCGCCUCCACCUCGCCCGAUCGAUUCAAGAACCGCGGUGUAUCCGUCGACAUCCACGCCACCUACGUCGGCGCCGCCAAGCAAGGCGAUCUGCUGAUCAUUCGGGGCACGAGCAACAAAGUGGGCAGGAAUCUGGCGUUCAUUGAUGUAAAGAUCUUGUGUAGGAAGCCGGGAGUGCACCUUCGUAUAGAGACACUUGGGCGCAUUCGGACAGAGUCACACAGCAUCGUUUUCAGACAACAGCUAGACGCACGCACAUCCAUCGUCGACCGAUAG